CUGCCGCCUAUGGAGCUUCCAGUAUUGUCAAAUACCUUCAUGAGACUUCCUGUACCCCAUGAAUCUGGUCCACUCACGGAUGACGGUCUUCUUCUGCCGUUGGCCAAGAAAAGAAAUCCCCAUCCUCAAUGCUAUUGCUGGUCGCAGCUUCCUUCAGAUCUCCUACAAUUGGUUUUUGACCGCCUUGGUUUUGCCGAUUUCCAACGAGCAAAAUCAGUAUGUUCCUCUUGGCAAUCAGUUUCAAGAAACUCUCAGCCAAAUAACCAAAUCCCUUGGAUGAUUCGAUUUCCCAAGGGCAACGAUCCCGACCACAAUUACUGUCUCUUGUUCAACCCUGAAGAAAAAUACAACAUGUACAAAACUCCAAAACUCGGCAACGAUUUCUCAAAGAGCUUUUGUGUGGCUACUUAUAGAAGCUGGCUUCUGAUGCAACCUCAGUAUGAAUACAUGCACGACCAUCAGUUUAAUCUUUAUAUCCUGCAUCUCUUAACCGGCGAGAGAAUCAACCUACCGGCUUUUAAAACAUAUUAUGGACUCACCUGUCCCAUACUAUGGAUCGAUGAGAAAACCGAAGACCACCUAGUCAUUGGAAUGGCUGGUGAAGACUAUGCCGUUUCUUUCAAGAAAGGAGACAAGUCGUGGAGACAAAUCCCAACCUUGUCAGGUAUCGAAGAGUGUUUUAGCAUGGUUUUCAAGGAUCACAAGCUCUACUGUCUCAACUAUGCCAAACUCAAAAUCUUCGAUUUUUCUGGAGAUACUCCGCUCAGAGUUUUCAAAACUAGCGUAAGUGGCUGCUUACACCAACCAAGUAUUGGCGUUGUCAUGAGACUUCCUGGAGAGAUCCCAGGGAAGGACCGGCGGGUGGCUCACUUUAAGAACAAUGUGGUUGUCAAUCUAGCCGGAGAUGUCUUGAUCGCUGAGUGCCAUCGUCCGUGUUUUUCUAACAUAUGGGAAUUUAAAAUCCACAAGAUGUUAGGGAACAACGAGUGGGAGAGAGUUGUUUCUUUGGGAGACGAGGCCAUUCUUUUGGAUUUGGGUAUCACUGUGCUCGCCAAGGACUUGCUAGGAAUCAAGAGCAACUCCAUCUACUUCUCCACUGCUUAUUCCUUUUUCGAAGAUCAAUAUGACAAAAACGAAAUCUUCAUAUUCAACCUCGAUUCAAACAAAGUUGAGCUACCGCACCGAUUUGUUUCCUCCUCCUAUCCCCGCUCCAGAUCCCGAUGGUUCUUGCCAAGUUUCAAACGAGAAUGAUUCUUCUUCAGUCCUUUGUUUUUUUAUACAUCUUCUACGUACGUUGUCUUAAUAUUAAUUGUUACAACAGUUGGUA